UUCUCUUCCUUUUCCAAUUUCCUUUCUCUCUCCUCCGGUGAACAACACAUUUGACCAACCAACCGCCGCCUAUGGCAACCUCCAGACCACCGCCGCCUCCUUUGAAGCUUUACGAUCUCGAGAUCACAAUCGUUUCCGCUAAGCAUCUAAAGAAUGUUAACUGGAGAAACGGCGAUCUCAAACCCUACGCCAUCUUCUGGCUCGAUCCCGACCGUAGACUCGCCACCAAAUCUGACGAUUCCGGCUCAAUUCAUCCUGUCUGGAACGAACGUUUCAUCCUCCCUCUCAAUCUCCCCCUCCACGACUCUAUUCUCACUUCAGAGAUUUUCCAUUCCAAACCCUCUGAAGUAUCCAAGCCACUCGUCGGAACCCUUCGUAUCGAACUUAGGGAUUUACAAGAUCUAGAUGAUCCCACCCGGUUACGUACCUUCGAACUCAGACGACCUUCAGGCCGUCCUCAUGGUAAGAUCCGACUGAAACUCGCAGUUCAGGAACGCCCUUCUCCUCCUGAUUACCGAAUUCCACAACAAUCAAACUAUUAUUACUCCACUGCUCCUCCACCUCCUCCUCCUCCUCGUCCUCUUCCUCCGCCAACUCGAGAUUAUAGAGGUUAUUCUCCACCGCCUCCUCACCCAUCUCAUGGAAACCCUUAUGGGUCUUAUUCGGAUCCUUAUUCUAGCUACUACCCAGGUUAUUAUUCUCAGCAACCACCACACCCACCUCCACCUGCAAGGCCGUUUUUUGAUCGACAGUCUAGUUAUGGUGGACCGAGUGCUCCUGUUGAUUAUGCUCCGUAUGAUCAGAAUACUAGAAGUAGUAGUGGGAAGAUGGGAUUUGGAAGUGGAUUGGCUGUUGGAGCUGCGGCUGGGGCUCUUGGUGGAUUGGCAUUGGAUGAAGGAUUGAAGUAUGAGGAUGAGAAGAUUGCAGCUGAGAAUGAUUUGGCUUCUAGGGCUGAUUACAGUAAUGAUUAUCGUCGGGAUUAUUAAUAACAUGAGGUAAUUGAAUUUGGUGUAUGAUUUUUUCCUUCAAGUUGUCUGAUUCUGUUAAUUAUGUCUUGUCUGAUCUGGUCUGGUCUGAUAUGAUCAUGUAUAUAUAUAUAUAUGUUAUGUUGUUGGAUGUUUCUUACCUUUCACUGAAGUUUGUGUAUUGAAUAUUCUGAAUGGUGGAUACAAUUAUUAUCACCCAAUUGAAAGUGCAAUGUUAUGGUAAUUAAUGAUGUCUGUGUUUCUUGAA